AUGUUCUCCAAGCUGGCAGCUAAUUUCGCCCAACGAGCGGCUGGCUCUGCCACGAGCGCCUCUCGCCGAGUGGCCUUCCAGACCCGAUUCUCGUCCAGCCAGACGCUUGCCAAUGGCAGCAAGGGCAGGAACAUGCCUUUCCAGCAGCCAUUGGCAACUCAGCCUGCUGGGUCUGUGCCCGCUACAUUCACCAUUCGAGAUGGCCCCAUCUUCCGCGGCAAAGCCUUCGGCGCCAAUGCUAACAUCUCUGGCGAAGCCGUCUUUACCACGUCUCUGGUUGGCUAUCCCGAGUCCAUGACGGACCCCUCCUACCGUGGCCAGAUUCUCGUCUUCACCCAGCCCCUGAUCGGCAACUACGGCGUUCCCUCCAACGAGCGCGACGAGUACAACCUCCUCAAGUACUUUGAGUCUCCCCACAUCCAGUGUGCCGGUGUUGUCGUCUCCGACGUCGCCCUCAACUACAGCCACUGGACCGCUGUCGAGAGUCUGAGCGAGUGGUGUGCCCGCGAGGGCGUCCCCGCCAUCUCUGGCGUCGACACUCGAGCCAUUGUCACCCACCUCCGAGAGCAGGGUUCUUCCCUCGCUAGGAUCUCCAUUGGCGACGAGUACGACGCCGACGAGGACGAGAGCUUCGUCGACCCUGGCCAGAUCAACCUGGUCAAGCGCGUCAGCACCAAGGCUCCCUUCGUGGUCGAGUCCCCCGGUGCUGACCUCCACAUUGCCCUCAUCGACUGUGGUGUCAAGGAAAACAUCCUCCGCAGCUUGGUCAGCCGAGGCGCCUCGCUCACCGUCUUCCCCUACAACUACCCGAUCCACAAGGUCGCCCAGCACUUUGACGGUGUCUUCAUCUCCAACGGCCCCGGUGACCCAAUCCACUGCCAGGAGACCGUCUACAACCUCGCCCGCCUGAUGGAGACCUCCAACGUCCCCAUCAUGGGCAUCUGUCUCGGCCACCAGCUCCUGGCCAUGGCCGUCGGCGCCAAGACCAUCAAGAUGAAGUACGGCAACCGAGCCCACAACAUCCCCGCCCUCGACUUGACCACCGGCCAGUGCCACAUCACCAGCCAGAACCACGGAUACGCCGUCGACUCCAGCACCCUGCCCGACGACUUCAAGGAGUACUUUGUCAACCUCAACGACGGCAGCAACGAGGGCAUGAUGCACCGCACCCGCCCCAUCUUCUCGACCCAGUUCCACCCCGAGGCCAAGGGCGGCCCCAUGGACAGCUCGUACCUGUUCGAGAAGUACCUCGAGAACGUCCGCGCUGCCAAGAGCGCCCAGCAAGUCUACAAGGACAACCGACCUAGCCAGUACAUCCUUGACGUCCUGAGCAAGGAGCGUGUUGGUGUCGAGCCCGUUCCUCUUGUCGGCCUUGCUUAG